GGCCGGGCGGAACCUCCCCGCGCGUCGUCCCGGCCCGCCCUGUCCCAGGAUCCUUUGCGGGUAAACAGACAUGGCCGACGAGGAAGAUCAUCGGGACGCUGCGCACGACAUGGGCAACCACUUGCCGCUCCUGCCUGAGAGUGAAGAUGAGGACGAUGUUGAGAUGGAAGUUGAAGACCCAGACAGCAAAGAAGCCAGAAAACCAAGCAUCAUUAACUUUGAUACUAGUCUACCAACCUCACAUACAUACCUGGGCGCUGAUAUGGAAGAGUUUCACGGCAGGACUCUGCAUGAUGACGACAGCUGUCAGGUGAUUCCAGUUCUACCUCAGGUGAUGAUGAUCCUCAUUCCCGGGCAGACAUUGCCACUACAGCUUUCACACCCUCAAGAAGUCAGUAUGGUGCGGAACUUAAUUCAGAAAGAUAGAACCUUUGCAGUUCUUGCAUACAGUAAUAUACAGGAAAGGGAAGCACAGUUUGGAACAACAGCAGAGAUCUACGCUUAUCGAGAAGAACAAGAGUUUGGGAUUGAAGUAGUGAAAGUGAAAGCGGUUGGAAGACAAAGGUUCAAAGUCCUGGAGCUUAGAACUCAGUCUGAUGGAAUUCAGCAAGCCAAAGUGCAGAUCCUUCCCGAGUGUGUGCUGCCGUCAACCAUGUCUGCAGUUCAGUUAGAAUCACUUAAUAAAUGCCAGAUAUUUCCUUCAAAGCCUGUUUCUUGGGAAGACCAGUAUUCAUGUAAAUGGUGGCAGAAAUACCAGAAGAGAAAGUUUCAUUGUGCAAACCUGACUUCAUGGCCUCGCUGGCUAUAUUCAUUAUAUGAUGCUGAAACCUUAAUGGACAGAAUUAAGAAACAGCUACAUGAAUGGGAUGAAAAUCUGAAAGAAGAUUCUCUUCCUUCAAAUCCAAUAGACUUUUCUUACAGAGUAGCGGCUUGUCUUCCCAUUGAUGAUGUGUUAAGAAUUCAGCUCCUUAAGAUUGGGAGUGCUAUCCAACGACUGCGCUGUGAAUUAGACAUCAUGAACAAAUGUACUUCCCUUUGCUGUAAACAAUGUCAAGAAACAGAAAUAACAACCAAAAAUGAAAUAUUCAGCUUAUCCUUAUGUGGGCCAAUGGCAGCAUAUGUGAACCCUCAUGGGUAUGUGCAUGAGACGCUCACCGUGUAUAAAGCUUGCAACCUGAAUCUAAUAGGCCGGCCUUCUACAAAUCACAGCUGGUUUCCUGGCUAUGCCUGGACCAUUGCCCAAUGUAAGAUUUGUGCAAGCCAUAUUGGAUGGAAAUUUACAGCAACCAAAAAAGACAUGUCACCUCAAAAAUUUUGGGGUUUAACUCGAUCUGCAUUGUUGCCCACAAUCCCAGAAACUGAAGAUGAAAUUAGUCCAGACAAAGUGAUACUGUGUUUGUAAGUAGAUACAGAUAUGGUAGAAGCAAAGAUUUUGCUAACAAAUUGGUAUUGUCAAAUCAGACCUGCUGUGGAAAUUACUGCCUCUGAUGCAUACCUAAGCAAAUGGCAACAUUACAUAGAAGGUCAUAGUACUUGACUACUAAGUUGAAGGAUAUUUUCAGAAAUAUGUGCUUUAGUAGCUUGGCGCCAUUAUCCUAUGGACUAUAUGUCAGUUGCACAUCACGGACAGGACAGCGGCCCCACUGCUUGUUAAGCACAAGAGACAGACAUGUAAUAUUGAAAAGGACUCUGCUCCUUAGCUGAUACUGAUUUGUAAAUUUUGAAAAUAUUAAAGAGUAAAAUACACAGUUUGAGCUGAAAAAUGA